GGUGAUUUGGGGUGGAAGACCAGAGGUGCCAUGUCAUAGAAAAUGUGCUGAUUACAAAGUGACGCCAAAUGGCUGAUAUUGGUCCACAGCUACCGCCACAUCUUCAAAAAAAAAAAGAAAGACAGAAUAACGUGGAGAAAAAACAAUGUUAUGGUCCUGUUUUGCCCAAUGGUUUUCAAAAAGUGAAGAAAAGCGAGGAACGAGUUAUUGAACCAGCGUUACCAACGUCUUUCUCGCAACAUGAAGAUAGCGAUCAUGAAGAAGAAGAAGAGGGAGAAGAAGAAGAAGAAAAAGAAGAAGAAGAAGAAAUAAUUGGUCCCUGUAUGCCAAUGCAAGACGAUGAUGCAGGUGAAGCGGAGAGGAUAAAGCAAGAAUUCGAGUCGCGUUCAAAGACAAUGAAAAACAAGAUCAUUGGCAAGUUUAACGAAGGUGAAAAAUUGGAGAGAGAAAAUUGGAUGCUCGAGUUACCUCCGGAGAUAAGCAAGAAUUUUGGUCUUGGUCCGAGAACGUUUCGGUCCAAAGCUCCUGAACUUGGUGAUCAAUCUGUAUGGACUGAUACACCAGCUGAUAAAGAAAAAAGAUUGAACCAACGCAGAGAGGAUGCGAUGGCUGGAAAAAAACGAAAACCUGAAAUAAAAGAGAAAGCUCCAUCUGCAGAGGAGAUGAAAAUGCAUGCUCGAGUUGAAGAGUACAAUAAAGCAACGCGACCGAAAUCUCUUCUGGAAAUGCACAAAGAAAAGCGCAACAAGAUGAACCCGCAACCCGACGUCCAUUUGAUCGGGACAAAGAUUUGGCUAUUCAUCGUUCAAACCCAAACGAAGGAGCGAAAUUUAUCCAAUAUGCCAAAGGGUUGAAUAAUAAAUUUUCUAUGGGGUCUUACGAGAAUAAGUUUUUAUAACAGUCAUAGUGUGUAUUCCUGUAUUCGCUUUUGUUACUUUAGAAAUAAUGUCUUUUUGGCAAUGCGGACUGGC